GAGAGAGAGAGAGAGAGAGAGAGAGAGAGAGAGAGAGAGAGACUUGUCAGUCGGUAUCUGUAAGCUGUAGCAGACACUGUGGUGUGUAGCUGCUGUCUGUUUGUGUUCACACGUAUUUCUGUGUUUUAGUGUCGUAUUCAGUAGUACGAGUGUGUGAGUGUGUGUGUGUUGCCGGCUUCAAAUCUCUGGUUUCUGUCAGUGUUCAGGCCUGUCUGAGCACAAGCACACCCACAGGACUGGACUGGACUGACUUCACCAUGGACAAAGCGGAUUUCCUGAAAGGUCUACCUGUAUACAACAAGACAAACUUCAGCAGAUUUCACGCGGAUUCUGUAUGUAAAGCAUCGAACAGAAGGCCUUCGGUAUAUCUGCCUACACGAGAGUAUCCCUCCGAACAGAUCAUCGUCACAGAGAAGACAAACAUCCUUCUGCGUUAUCUUCAUCAGCAGUGGGACAAAAAGAAUGCAGCUAAAAAGCGCGAGCAGGAGCAAGCGGAAGGGGAAGGUGGCAGCCCAGCGCCUCCCAGGAAAAUCGCCCGGACAGACAGCCAGGAGAUGAACGAGGACUCCUAGAGGAACCCACCAUCCAACAGCACCAGAACGGACACAACAAGCCCAAACACCCGCACACCACACAGGAAUUUCAUCUCAGAAAGAAAGAAAGAAAUGGAAGAACACUUCUCUUGCAGUGUGCUUUUUUUAAUUUUACUGAGUGCUUCCUGAUGCAGUCAGUGCCCUGUUCUGAACGCGUGUGGCGCGACGGGUUUCCACUGCCAGCUUCGACGAUUCUGCUGAACUCUGAACUGCGAGGGGAGGGGGCGGGUACAACGAAAUUCAACAAGCACAUAUACGAAUGAACGUCUGCUAUGAAGACGCGUGUGAAAAAUUGAUUUGUUAGGACACUAUUAACGCAGUCUAAAAGUUUCAAAACACCCUAGUAAUCUCGGCUGUGAAUUACCGCUUUUCAUGAUGUACUCGGGAACACAGGCACUAAACGCACAGGCGUCUCUCUCUCCAGCGUCCGAAAAAGGGAAAUUUCAGAAAUGUACAGGCACGUUCGACAGAUUUAGAUGUAGUGUUUAGUGUUGGUAAGUUGACGGUCUUCCUAGCAGGUGCAUACUUGUGCAUGAAUGCACUGUCGGGACAGUUUUUCUGUUGUCACAGGUUGAGGAUGACGUUACCGGCGAUUUAAAGACAUGCAGAUGUCAUUCUCUUUCACUUCUCCCGUUGUCACGUAGGUUUUCCAGUGCUGUGUUUGUUCCACAAUCAUAAACUGAUUACUUGCCUUCA